AUGGACCAGUUGACAGAGGAGAUCGAGAGCGAUUCGUUCGUCUCGCGCGAGGUGAUGGUGUAUCAGGUCCCCCCGCGCACCUCGGCGCAAGGCUACAAGGCCGCUGAGUGGGACGUGGAGAAGUUUCUGUGGAAGGGGAGGCUGCGCGUGAUUGAGGUUGGGGCGCGGUGCGACAUUCGUCUGGAGGACCCGAACACAGGCGAGCUCUUCGCGCAGGCGACGUACGCCUCGCCGUGGACACAGGUCGAGCCUGUCCUCGACAGCAGCCGGUACUUCGUGCUCCGUGUGGAGGGCGAGAACGGACAGCGGGCGUACAUCGGCAUGGGGUUCCUCGAGCGCAGCGAGAGCUUCGACUUCCAGGUGGCACUGCAAGCCGUCGCGAAGCGCGCAUCUCAGCCGGCAGAGGCCGAGGACAAACCACAGAACCGCGCGCCGCCCAAGGACUACUCGCUCAAAGAGGGGCAGACAUUCAGCAUCAAGCUGCCGGGGCGCGACAAGCCUGCAGCGCCAAAGCCCACGAGCAGCGGCAGCGGCAGCGGCAGCGGCGGGUUCUCGCUCCCGCCUCCGCCGCCGCCGGGUCGCCGACGUUGA